AUGCGCGGUCCUUGUCGACGGGGCCGGUCUAUCAUGGCGACAUACGUGGAUAUCCUGAAGAGCGAGUUUCCCGAAAUCGACACUGAAGUCUUCGAUUAUAUCACCGGUGUACUGGACAGUGGAGGUGCAGACUUUGAGGAUGGAGAGGAGGUAUUUGACGCUAUCGGGGGAGUGCUGCAGGAGGUGUCGGCGGACUGCAAGAAUGAAGACGACAUCCGCGACAUCUGUCUGCAGAUGUUUAACACACUCAAGCUGAAUAACUGUCACCCUGCUCAGAAGCAAGUGCUCCUGGAUGCUCCAGUUCAGUUGUCCCAGAUCUCCACAGAUCAUGCGGUCUCUGCCUCCAACGAUGUCCAAAGCGUUUGGAUGACAAAGCGUGGUGGAAACACGACGGUGGAUGCCAAGAAGCUGGAGAAGGCAGAGGCCAAGCUGAAGGCCAAACACGAGAGGAGGAAUGAGAAGGACUCUCUGAAACCCCCCAGCAGCGUGGUGCUGGAGGAGGCCUCUGCCAGUCAGGCGAGCAACAAGAAGGACAGUCGCGUCGACUUGUCCGGCAAGAACCGCAGCUAUGACAUUCGCAUCGAAAACUUCGACGUGUCGUUUGGGGAGCGGUCGCUGCUGCAGGGUGCGGAGUUGUCGCUGGCGGCGGGUCGUCGGUACGGCCUGAUCGGGCGUAACGGUCUGGGCAAGACCACGCUGCUGAAGAUGCUGGCCAGCCGCAACCUCCGCGUGCCGCCGCACAUCUCCAUCCUGCACGUGGAGCAGGAGGUGGCCGGCGACGAGACCCCCGCCCUGCAGAGCGUGCUGGAGAGCGACACGGUGCGCGAGGGGCUGCUGCACGAGGAGCGCACCCUCAACGCACGCAUCGCCAACGGAACGGCGGAUGGAAUGGAGAGUGUGCGUCUCUCAGAGAUCUACGUCCGACUGGAGGAGAUAGAAGCCGAUAAAGCACCUGCAAGAGCCUCUGUUAUUCUGGCAGGUCUGGGAUUUACUCCAAAAAUGCAGCAGCAGACAACCAAGGAGUUCUCUGGAGGCUGGAGGAUGAGGUUAGCGUUAGCAAGAGCCCUGUUUGCCAGGCCGGACUUGCUAUUACUUGAUGAGCCUACUAACAUGUUGGACGUCCGAGCCAUUCUUUGGUUGGAAAACUAUUUACAGACGUGGGCGUCUACCAUCCUGGUGGUGUCUCACGACCGCAACUUCCUCAACGCCGUGGUAACGGACAUCAUCCACCUGCACUCGCAGCAGCUGGUCAGUUACCGUGGCGACUACGAGAACUUCAUCAAGACCAAGGAGGACCGGCUCAAGAACCAGCAGCGGGAGUACGAGGCCCAGCUGCAGUACAGAGAGCACAUACAGGUGUUCAUCGACAGAUUCCGCUACAAUGCAAACAGAGCAGCGCAGGUGCAGAGCAAACUGAAGCUGCUGGAGAGGCUGCCUGAACUUAAACCCAUAGAGAAGGAGACGGAAGUGAUGUUACGGUUUCCAGAUAACUUUGAGAAGCUGUCCCCCCCUAUUCUCCAGCUGGACGAGGUGGAGUUCUACUACUCGGCAGAUCGGAAGCUCUUCGACGGCCUCUGUGUGUCUGCAGACCUCGAGUCGCGCAUCUGCAUCGUGGGUGAGAACGGCGCCGGAAAGACUACUGCCCUGAAGCUUCUGAUGGGUGAACUAACGCCAGUUGGCGGAGUCAGAACCGCUCACCGAAACUUAAAGAUCGGCUACUUCAGUCAGCACCACGUGGACCAACUGGACCUGAACGUGUGCUCAGUGGAGCUGCUGCUCAACAAAUUCCCUGGUCGGAAUGAGGAAGAGUAUCGGCAUCAGCUGGGUCGGUACGGGAUCACUGGAGAGCUGGCCACGCGGUCCGUAGCCAGCCUUUCGGGAGGACAGAAGAGUCGAGUGGCCUUCGCCCAGAUGACUAUGCCUGGUCCAAACUUCUACAUACUUGAUGAGCCGACGAAUCACUUGGAUAUGGAAACCAUAGAGGCUCUAGCGAAAGCACUCAACAAAUUUAAGGGCGGCGUGGUGCUAGUCUCCCACGACGAGCGUCUGAUCCGGGAGGUGUGUAAGGAGCUGUGGGUGUGCGAGGGCGGCAAGAUCAGGCGCAUAGACGGCGGUUUUGACGAGUACAGGGACAUCCUGCACGAACAGUUCCGCAAGGAGGGCUACCUGUGAGGCCCCGCCCACCUCACCUCACGUCACCUGGCCAGCCAGCCAGCCAGCCAGCUAGCUAACCUGUCAGCAGCUGGCAAUGAUGGCCACUGUCAAGUCAAUCGACCGCCAAAAAAUAAAAAAACACCCCAUCGCCCGACAUGCCAACUACUUACACAAGACUCUAUACAUACUUUCAGCAGACACGCUAAACUGCCAAUACAGAGUACAGAACUACCCACCACACCCUGAUGUUUGUUUAUUUGUUAAUUUGUUUAUGCAAAAACAACAACUACCAAGGUGCACCCGCAAGAGGUCCACGCACACGAAGAGGAUUGUUGUGGCAGCGCACCAACAACAAAGGCAAUCCAUCCAUGUUGUUUGAUAUUAUUUUUUUUUUUAAUUUCAUUUUUGUCCCAGACAGAUUUUAGUAUGUGUCAAGAUCCAACUCGUACAACUCUACUCAGCCUCCCUCCACUACCAGCUGUGAGCAUGGCGAUGCUGCCGACUGACCGUGAUCCAGUCUUGCAGAAGUAAAGGUCAACAACAACAUCAA